AUGUCUUCUUUGAUGUUCGGCCAUCGCACCAACAUCAAAAACAACAUGAUGCCAGCAAGAAUUUCAUUGGAGAAGAUGAAGAACACGAUGGAUGAACAAGGGGACAUCAUCAUGAGCAACCACUCUCAAGAUAUUUCGGAGCUUGGUGGAAAGACAUCUCCAGUUCAAUUUGAACAUGAUGAUGUCCAUGCAAGAGAUGAUGAUGGCUUAACCAUGAAAAUGACACAAUCCUCUCUCACGAAAUUGAACAAAAUUGAAAAGCAGCGGAAAAUGGUUCAACAACGGAAAGAAAAGAUACACAAUCUGAAGAAGAGAUGGCGAGAGCAAAACUCUUCUCUUUCCAAACAGUCCUUAAAUCAACAAGAAACACCACCGACAGACUCUAAUGAUGGAAAAGUUGGAGAAUUAUUGGACGAAUGUUUUGGCCGAAUUGAAAGAACCAUUAUUCAAAACGUAGAGGAUAAAAUUUCGGAUGCUUUCAAGAAAUUUCAAGAGAAAAUGACAACAGCUUUCGCGGAAUGUUUGCAAAAAUUAACGUCAACCACUGAAGUGCAUCUUAAUUCUUUAUCAACGCCACUUAAAUCUGAAAUCACAUCAUCCUCUUCGACGCCCAUCAAAUUACAAGAUUCACAACCCUCACAAUCUUUGAUAACUGCUUCUUCACCAUCCUAUCCAUCAAAACAUCAACAUGGCUCUAAAGAAGAAGAUUGUUGGAUUAUUUGGAAUAAUCCAGUCUAUGAUAAGCUUAGACUGUUAAGGAGAAUGAAAGCGAUCAAAUAUAAUGAGUGGGAAGAUUUUGUGGAAAGAGAUGCCAUUAUUUGGAGAAGACACUUUGAGCUAAGAGAUCAAUACAAGAAGAACAAAUCUUCUAACAAGAAGCACUAUACUCUAGCAGUGGAUUACAUCAGUCCUGUUCUGCAUGCAAAACAAUUUCUAGGUAAAACUCUUCAAAAAAUCAGACAAGACUUUUUCAAGAAUAAGGAAGUAUCGAAUGAAAUGGUAGUCAAAAUGCUCGAAGGUGUUUCAAAAGGUAAUAUUUUACCCUAUCAGCAGGAUUUAUUGUUAAAGAAGAAGGAAAUUCAAAUUACUCCCAAGUCCAAAAUUAAUUCUCCAUUCUGGUGGCUGAACCUAGAGGUUUAUCAACAACUUUCAUUACUGGUAGAAUUGAAAAUCAUUGCGAAAACUGAUUGGAAUGCCUACAUGAAGAAGGUGAUGCAGUUAAAUGAUUCGAUAACGGAGGAAUCUGAAAGAGCUCCAAAAAUCAUUUGCUUUGGAGAAACCUUAAUGAAAAAUUUAAAGGAAAAGACACCAACGGAUAAGUGGUUCCUAUUUGUUCAAAAGAGGCAAAGCAUGAUGAAGUGUUCUGAUUAG